CAAUGUAAGCAAAAUUGAUAUUCUAAUUAAAUGACACUUAAGCACGACUCAUUUUUAGUUAAUACAAAAUUGAGGUUAUAACUUUUUAAAUGUUUCUCAAUUAAUAUAUAGUAGAUUUUUCGAGACAGUUAUUAAUGACUGAAGAUUACAAUAGAAAAUGCAGUAUAACGUCCUAUAUAAAAUACUACGUGACAUAAAUUAAUAAUUUAAAAAAAAAUUAAGUUCUGAUCCAAUUAUUUUUUAGAGUAAUAUAUCUAUAUAACUUAAUAAAAUAUCACGAUGUCGAUGUUAUUUAAUUAUAGAGCCUGUGUCUGUCUAUAAAAUGGAUAUAAAUUUUGACAUUUGCACCAAAAAGUGGUAUAUGUAGCAAUGAAGUGUUACGCUAAAAGUCACGGUUGAUGAUUUUUGUGUUGUUAGUGUAAAUACAUCUUUUAUAAAAUUAAAACAAAAUAAUGACCAAAAUAUCGUUUUCUAUGAAAACUCAUGAUAAAAAUUAUUCACAAACGAUAUACAAAAUUUCGAGAGAAUUUAAACGUUUUUAUAAAGCUUAAUAUAUAAUAUUGAACUGUUCAACGCCUUGAAAUAUUGAUAGCUACGUGAGGCUUAGCAUGUGUAUAUAAAUCAACCAUGCACUUUAUGAAAUUAUUCAUAUAAACAGCCAAAAAAAAAGAAGAUAUGGCAAUUGAGAAGCAAGUGAUUGUUGGAGAGAUACCGGUCAGCCCGUUUUCACGGCUGUUCAGCAUGCCAGGCCUCGAUUGCUUCAACAUAGUCACCAUUGGAUUCAAAAACGAGGCCAGUCCAUCAGCCUUUAUAGAAGGCUUGAAGAAUACUUUGCUCAACCAUCCACGCUUCUCUUGCAUACUAGAGACAGGUUCUGGUGAACACAAACCAAGAUGGAUUCCCACAAACGUAAACGUUAAAGAUCAUGUAGUUGUUCCGAAUAUAGAUCCCACGAUUGAAAACCCUGAUCAAUUUCUAGAGGAUUAUACAUCAAAUAUGGUUUUUUCACCAAUUGAUGUGUGUAAACCGUUAUGGGAGAUACACAUACUCAAUAUUAAAACAUCAGAUGCAGAAUCUCUCCUUGUGGCGAGAUUUCAUCACUCCUUGGGUGAUGGGAUGUCACUUAUGUCUCUUUUACUCGCUUGUAGUCGAAAAACAAGUGACCCAGGGGCAUUACCCACUUUGGUUGCUCAAAAAAAGAGCAAAGUAACCAAUGUUGUUUGGUGGUCGUUGGUUUCUCGUUUGUGGUUAAUAAUAAAACUAAUGUUCAACACUGUUGUUGAAGUUUUCAAGUUUCUGCUCAUUCUAUGCUCCGUCCGUGACAACGCAACUCCUCUAAUGGAGAAACCAAGGGCUACACUUACCCCUAACAAGUUCAUUCACAGAGUCAUUAGUUUGGACGAUGUGAAAGUCGUGAAGAACGCAAUGAAUAUGACUGUGAAUGAUGUCAUUCUUGGAAUGGUGCAAGCUGGUCUUUCACGAUAUCUGAGUCAAAAAUACGACUCGGAAACAAAUCCGAAGUUAAAGAAAUCUCUAGAAAAUAUAUGUCUUCGUGGUGUUGUAUUCUUUAACCUAAGAUCAAAUAAGAAAAUCGAGGAUCUUGCUAAAAUGAUGGAGAAAGGUUCGACGUCAAGAUGGGGAAACUCAAUCGGUUAUGUUAUGAUUCCGCUAUGGAUGAAAUCUGAAAAUGAUAUAUUUGAAUACAUCCGACGAUCUAAAACUAUUAUGGAUCGAAAAAAACUCUCUCUCGAACCUCUAUUUUCCUAUACGUUGUUCAAAUUGACUGUGGAAGUUUUUGGAUAUAAGGUGAGUUUGUAUAUCAUUCUUAUUUCGAUCAUGUUUGAUAUAUUAUAUGUGAUGGUAAAUUCAAACGGAUUCAUUUGGACGUGUGGGUGGAUAACAGGCACUAAGAACUCUUGCAAUGAGAAUUUUUGGUCGCUCAACAGUCGUAUUGUCAAAUGUUGCCGGUCCGACCGAAGAAAUAAGCCUUUUCGACCACCAAAUAUCUUAUGUUGCCGCAAGUAUAUCUGGUUUUCCACAGGUAUGACCCAAAAGGCAAAUAAUAUAUCCUUGAUUUAUUUUGCAAGUCUAGUAAUUCUAAAAUGGUCAAAAAGAAAAAAGAACGGAUGUUAAACUAAAUUUAAAUAAAAAACGUUUUAAGAAAUGACUGCAACUUGAGCUUAAAAGUUAUUAUAAAGUGAUAUUUAUUUGGAUGUUUAGUUAUGUUUUCUGUAAGUUACCAUUAAUUGGGUUCGAACGAGAAUGAAACCGCACAUAUAGACAAAACUAACACUGUGUUUUUA